AUGGAAAUUUGCCGUGCUUGCAUGAGCGACUCCGUGACCCUGGUGGAUAUAUUUUGCGAUCGGCCAUUACCUGAUUAUGAAUAUAGCCUGGCGGAGAUGCUAAACGAGCUCGUGGACUUUAAGGUGAAGCGCGAUGAUAAGCUGCCGCAGAAGAUAUGCGUAUCUUGCGGCUUAAAUGCCCAAAUCGCGUUUAGAUUCCGGCGCAGAUUCGAGCAAAGCCAUCGACUGCUCUGCAUGAAGGCUAUGGAAGACGAGAACGUUUUCGUCCAUGUGCUGGAAGCAGAUCCGAACGCAGGCCAGUUGAAGCAGAAGCUGCAGCCCUCAAUGCCAGCGAUCAACGAGAAAUCCAACUCUAAGCUGGGGAGUGCUCGUAAAUUACGCAAGGGAAGACUUCAGAGCACCGAGGAGCUCAUCACCAGCAUCAGCAGCAGAAGCGUAUCGCGUGAAAAAGACGGCAAUGUUAUAGUAGUUAUCCCGGACAUAGACUCUUUCAACGGAAUGGAUCAGGCGGAUCGAUCAUGCACUAUAGUGGACAAUGCUGACGCUUGUAAACCUCAUCGCUAUCCCCUACGCCAUAGAAUCUGCAGCCAGAACGCGCCCAAAUCGGUUGAGAUUCCUCUUCUGCCCCGUCCCAUGCGCAGCAGGAUGCGCCAGUUCAAGUGUGAUUCGUGCCAUCUAUCGUUUGCCUCAAUAGAAAAUCUAAGUAAACACAAGCUGCAGCAUGAAGGCAAACGUAACUUUAAGUGUCUAAAUUGCAUGAAGGCCUAUCGCAAGAAAUCAAAACUUCUGAGACAUAUACAGACGCAUAUUAAAGAGCAUCCGAACAUGUGUCCACAGUGCUCGAGGACCUUCGGAUGCAGAUCGAAGCUUCGGAGACAUCUCUACUCCCACAGUGAGGAGCGUCCGUUCAUCUGUCCCCAUUGCCAAUCGGCGUUCAAGAAUCCAUGGAAUCUUAGAAGACACGUACUCAAUCAUUCUAAAAAGAAAACGUACAAGUGCUCCGCUUGUAAAAAAAGUUUUGCCAACAAAUGGAAUUUGAAAUUACAUUCUUGUUUGCCCCAAAGUUGCUUGCGCAAAUGA